AUGAUCAUUAGACUGUGGAGUAACAGGUUACCCGCGCUCCUCGUGCUCCUAUCGCUCCUGGUGGCCUGUGUGCAGGCCUCGGCGUCUUCAGCACCCGCGGCGAUCUACGCGCGGUCUCCGCAAGCGACAAAAGGCAAGCCGAGCUACGUCCCGCGCCCGGCGUCGGAUCUCGUGUGCAGGCCGCUGGGCGAGUGCGAGCCAUGUCCCGCGGACGAGCUCAAUGAACCCUUCUGCAAGCCCUUUGGAAACCGCCGAGUCCUGCACUGUAUCCCUGCGAAUGCGAGCGAGGAGAAGAACCCCAUCGAGCUGCCUGCGUGGGAGGCAUGCGGCAAGGUCAUCAAGAAGGAGCAGCGCAGCUUCUACGAGUUUGUGACGGCCAACCUCCUCCUUCUCAUUGUCUGCCUCACAAUCUACGGCGUGCGAACGUCGACGCUCGCAGCCCAGCAGUACCGGCAACUCGCCGCGCGAAUCGGCAUCCCCAGCGGCAGAUGGGAGGUGUGA